AUGUCCCAACCUCAACCCACAAACGACCAUUACUCCUUCCUCCUCAGCUGCAUCCAGCACUCUAAUGGAGGCAAGGCAAGCACCGAGCAAUCUCACAUACUAUUGACUUCGCUGGCGUUGCAAAAGACUGCAGCAUCAGCAAAACGCUACUCGCGCCUGGUAAAGAACUUUAACUCUACCUCGAAUGGAUCCGGCAGCAGAAACGGAAACGCAAAUAGUCCUCGCCCUUCAACUAUUGGUGCUUCGGAUGGAGACCCAGUGGUUGCGGAGAACGACCCCGAGGGACAGGCGGCUGCUAAGACUGGAAGAAAGCGUAAGAGUGCGGCCGCAACUGCAGGGUCUGGGUCUCCUAGGAAGAGGGAAAAAGCGGCCAAGGGAAACUCUUCUCCUGCUCCUGCUUCUGCUGGGGACCCUGGCGUGAGAGAGGAAGAGUACGAGGAGGCAAAGUAA